UUCAUUGGAAUCAUCAACACCACCAACUGGCGAAAAAAAAAAAACAAAAAAACAACAACAAAAAGUCUACUCUCCUCCACCUACACACACAACUUCCAAACAUCAGAUAAGGAACAAAUACAGAACAAGGGGAGAACAACAAGAAAAAGGAGCACGCAAAGGAGAACGAAGAUAAAAGAAAAGGGCAAAAAAGAGGGGACGGGGAGUGUCGCGAGAAGAGGAGUUCCGAGCAGGAAAGGAAAUAGCACCAAAAGGUUUGGUGCUAUGUUUGGCCCAAUCUGCGUUUUGGGGGAAGAGGUUGGUGAAUCAAAUCACUCACGCAACGACACCUCAACAUCUCACAAUGAAAGUUGUUUCAAACGGCAUUGCGAUCGUGUUCUCCUUCUGCAUUCUUCUUGCCACAAGUUCCUUGGUAGAGGGAGAUGUAUCAAAGGAUGAACACUCUUUGAUUCAUCCACCACCGCAAAAUUUGCAGGGUCCUGGGAAUACAAACAAAGGGAUUAAGGAUAGUGCGAUUUAUUAUGACGGUGUAGGGGGCGUCCACGGAUUCGGCGACGGUUCUGGAUACGGCGGCGGUUAUGGAAACGGCGGAGGUUCUGGAUAUGGCGGCGGUUAUGGAAACGGCGGAGGUUCUGGAUAUGGCGGCGGUUAUGGAUACGGCAGAGGUUCCGGAUAUGGCAGCGGUGAAGGAUUCGGAAUUGGCACCGGGGGAGGAAUCGGAUUCGGCGGCCGUGAUGGCAUUGCAGUUGGUGGUGGCAUUCGUGGGGCAACACACGUUCCGUGAAAUGAAUAUAAUUAUAUAUAAGCAUGAGAGAUUAUAAAAACAGGAGAGAUAGAAAAAAUAAAUAAAAGUGCUGAUUGGUGUUAAAAAAGAAUGUCUAAAAUGGUGCAUGAAUAUGGCAUGCAUGCAAGCCAACAGUGUAUAUCAUCAUCUAUUUGCGAAGAUAAAAUAUUAAGUUACAUAUUUUAGUUA